UUGGACCCUAACAACCUCGACUCUUCACACCAACAGCUACGACCUCCUCCUUCUCCCUGUGACUUCAUAUCUCUAACACAUCAAACCACCUACCCACCUCCCCCUUCUCGCCGCUACAACUACCUGCCCAAGAUGUCUCAGGAAGCUUUCGACAAGGCCGUCAUCGACUCCAAGAAGUUGACCUCCAAGCCUGGCCAGGACGACCUGCUCGCGCUCUACGGUCUCUACAAGGUCGCCGCCGGCGAGGACAUCUCCAAGGCACCCGCUCCCGGUGUCUUCGAUUUCAAGGGCAAGUACAAGAAGGAAGCCUGGCAGAAGAACCUCAAGGAGCUCAACGGCAACGACGACCCUGUCCCUACCGCGGCGGCACAGGAGGCGGCCAAGAAGAAGUAUGCCGAGCUGAUUGAGAAGCUGAAGAAGGAGUGCGGCUUUGACGAGAACAAGGUGCCUGAGGAGGUUGGUGGAAACUAAAGUCAAUCAUCGUGAUGAUGAUGGUCUGAUGAUGAUGGCAUUGCGGGCGACUACACAUGCAACACGCGCACGACGGAGACGACGGCCACAGGCAUAUGCAAUGCAGCAAAUGCGGGUCAUAUCCACAGGUUUAUGAUGUUCAGAAAUAUAUACCAAAACAGUAAAGUAAACUGCACAAACUAGCUGCC